GUCUUUGCCGGUGAACUCUCAACUAAAAUGUCAGCGCCUUAAAAAAUCUCACUCACAGGGGUUAUUAUAGGAUUAUUUGACUUAAACACUUGUGUAUUUUCUUUUCGUUACAGGUCAGCAAUGGUCCACAAAUGUGGCAAUAAUUUAGACUUCAUAGCUUGUAAGUUAGCUAACGUUAGCUAACUUUAUUGUAGUUUAUCCUUGCUAACGUGUGGUACUAGCAUAACGACAUGUCGUUCUCGCUUGCCAAACACUGCAAAGAACCUUUAUUAAGGCGAAUGUUACAGUUUAAAAUGUUCAAACGGAAAAUGCUAAACUACAAUGCGACGUUUACGCUGUUGAGACAUCGCUGGAUAAAAUGUUUGCCUGCUUUCUACAGGAUGACAAGCACACAAACUGACAAGGAGACCAUUGAUUUGUUCAAGUUUCCUGUGGAUAAAAUUAGGAAUUUCUGCAUCAUUGCUCAUAUUGAUCAUGGAAAAAGCACUUUAGCUGACAGACUCCUAGAAAUGACAGGAGCCAUAGCAAAGACCGAGAAGAACAAACAGGUGUUGGACAAGCUUCAGGUGGAGCGAGAGAGGGGGAUCACAGUGAAGGCCCAGACAGCCUCAUUGUUCUACAAACACCAGGGACAGCAGUACCUCCUGAACCUUAUUGACACACCCGGUCAUGUUGACUUCAGUUAUGAAGUGUCUCGAUCUCUUUCUGCCUGUCAGGGUGUCCUGUUGAUAGUUGAUGCCAAUCAGGGGAUUCAAGCGCAGACGGUGGCCAACUUCUACCUGGCCUUUGAAGCUCAGUUGGCAAUAAUCCCUGUUAUUAACAAGAUUGAUCUGAAAAAUGCUGAUCCAGAAAGAGUGGAGACACAGAUUGAAAAGGUGUUCGAUAUUUCACGUGAAGAAUGCAUCAGGAUUUCUGCCAAACUCGGAACAAAUGUUGAACAGAUUCUCCAGGCAGUGGUGACCAGGAUUCCACCGCCAACGGCAAACAUCGAUGACCCUUUUAAAGCCCUGGUGUUCGAUUCGAAUUUCAACCACUACAGAGGAGUUGUGGCCAACAUUGCUGUGUUUGGGGGUCGGGUAAAAAAGGGAGAUAAGAUUGUGUCGGCUCAUCUUGGAAAAACCUACGAGGUUAACGAGCUGGGGCUUCUUAGGCCAGAUGAGCAGCCUACGCAGAAACUGUUUGCAGGCCAGGUCGGUUACAUAAUCGCAGGCAUGAAGGAUGUGAAGGAGGCCCAGAUUGGUGACACACUAUGCCUUCAGGGGCAACCAGUGGAGGCCCUCCCAGGGUUUAAACCAGCCAAAGCCAUGGUGUUCGCUGGCAUGUAUCCGAUGGACCAGUCAGAAUACCAAGGCCUUCGCAGUGCCAUUGAGCGACUGACCCUGAACGACUCGAGUGUCACAGUGCAGAGAGACAGCAGUCUGGCCCUGGGAGCAGGCUGGAGACUUGGCUUCCUAGGCCUGCUCCAUAUGGAGGUGUUCAAUCAGAGGCUGGAGCAGGAAUACAAUGCCUCUGUUAUUGUAACCGCACCAACUGUCCCCUACAAAGCCGUCCUCUCCUCAGCCAAACUCGUCAAGGAACACGGCAGUGAGGAGAUAACCAUCGUCAACCCGGCUCAGUUCCCAGACAGAUCGGUUGUGUCUGAGUAUUUGGAACCCAUGGUCCUGGGAACCAUUCUGGCACCAGACACUUACACUGGCAAGAUAAUGACUCUGUGCUUGAACCGCAGAGCCGUCCAGAAGAGCAUGGUGUACAUAGACGACCAGCGCGUGAUGAUGAAGUACCUGUUUCCUUUAAACGAGAUUGUUGUGGAUUUCUAUGACCUCCUCAAAUCGCUGUCAUCUGGAUAUGCCAGCUUUGAUUAUGAGGAUGCGGGAUACCAGGCUGCCAAUUUGAUAAAGAUGGAUAUUCUGCUGAAUGGCCAACCUGUGGAAGAGCUCACCACAAUUGUAAACAGAGACCGGGCAUAUUCUACUGGUAAAGCUAUGUGUGAACGGCUCAGGGACUCCAUACCGAGGCAGAUGUUUGAGAUUGCUGUACAGGCAUCCAUUGGUAGUAAGGUCAUCGCAAGAGAGACAAUAAAGGCGUACAGAAAAAAUGUUCUUGCCAAGUGUUAUGGAGGGGAUAUAACACGAAAGAUGAAGCUACUGAAGAAACAGGCAGAGGGCAAGAAGAAAAUGAGGCGAAUCGGCAACAUAGACGUUCCCAAAGAUGCCUUUAUUGAUGUUCUGAAGAGAAAAGAUAAAUAGACUGUCAAAACCAUAUAUUUGUAUAUUAUCAAAUACUAAUAUUACAUGCCUGUAAGAGAGGUUUCUCUGAAUAAAGUGCUGUAAACAGUU